GGAUUUCUACCGGUAGUAGUCUGAAAGAAAAUGGGAAAAGGCUUCAAAGUGUUGGUUUGUGGAAUGUGUUCAGUGGGAAAGACGGCCAUCUUGGAACAAGUUCUGUACGGUAAUCACACUAUUGGUGAAGAGUGCAGCAGAACUAUGGAAGAUGUAUAUGUCGCUAUGGCUGAAACAGAUCGAGGACUAAAAGAACAAUUACGCCUGUAUGACACCCAAGGACUGCAAGGAGACGAAGAUUUCCCCAAACAUUAUUAUUCUAUGGCAGAUGGCUUUGUUCUAGUGUAUGCUGUAAAUAGUCUGGAAUCUUUUGAGAAAGUUAAUUGGCUCAAAAAGGAGAUUGACAAGUUCAGAGAAAAGAAAGAGUGGCCAAUUAUUGUUUUAGGUAAUAAAACUGACCUUUUGGAGGAAAGACAAGUACAGAGUGAAAUUGCACAGCAGUGGGCUAGGAUUGAGAUGGUGAAGUUAUGGGAAGUGACAGUAGCGGAUCGAAGGACAAUGAUGGAACCUUUUGUGGUAUUAGCAAGCAAACUUUACCAAUCACAGAACAAGUUGACAUUUUCUUUCUCCCGUCGGAGACCCAAAUGCAAUAAGGAAGACUACUGAAUGCCCUUAUGCUUCCCACUGGGCCAAGAAUCUGCUGUGGCUUUUGCAUUUCCAGAGUUGUUCAUUUCUAGAACAACUAAAGCAGUUCUCACAGAUCACAAUGAGAAUGGCAUCUGAAAUCAUUUCAUAAAAACACUGACAUGAUCAUAGUUGUCUGUCUUCAAUAAUAUGUUCAUGGAAUGCAAACUGGAGAAUGUUUGAGUUCAGAAAAAAAGACUUUUUCUAAAGGGGGCAUUUUAGAAUCAUUGGAAAUACUGCCACCUCAUUUAGCAUUUCAGAAAAGAAAUGAAAGAAUAAGGUAAAAAGUUGUUUAUUUUGAUCAUACAUUGUAUAGCUUUAUUCAUUGUGCUACAAAAAAUUACUUAUGAAAAAGAGAAGCCAACAGAAUUGGGUGCAGUUGACCUUCACUACCUUUAUUAAAAAUUGUUCUAAUACCAUUAGCACUGAUGCUUUUGGAUGAACCACUGUUAUUUCUAUUGAUUAUCAUCAAGCACCCUUCCCCAAUUUCAAAAGUCCACUAAUAUCUGUCCCUGUGCAGAGACAGCAACCUCCUGAAAUAGAGAGGACAGCAUCAGAAAAAAAAUAGUAACUUGGUUCAUUUAAAAGGCUGUAGCAAUGCUUCUCAAUCUCAGCAACUAUAAGAAGUGUGUGUUUGUAAUUCCUAGAAUUUCCCAGUAUACGUAAGUCUUAAAAGUAACUAUUAAAAAAUACAGGACUAUGUUAGAGUGUUUGAUUCUGGCUUAGCACAUUGUUUGACAUUUAUUCCAUAAACUAUGAUUUAUGGCUUAACAUAUUGACUGAAAUCAGCCAGUCUGUACAGGAAAAAAAUGAGUAAUACUAGGGGAAAGGAUUCUUCCAUCUGUUUUAGGUCUAAGCAACCUAUCUUUUACUUCAAUUGUAUUUAUCGUUGCCAUACAAUUAAAGUGCCUUAAAAUAUGUUAACAUAAAAAUGAAUACAG